UGGUACUUCUACCUCCGUCAUAUUCUUAAACCAGAAAUUCGCCAAGCUCUUAUCGAAACCCAGCCAAUUUAUCUUUUACAAUCUUCUGUUUCAGUUGCAACACUUGACAUAGUUUCUUGUUGAAGCACUUUCAUUCACCUAUGGCGUCCAAGACUGAAAAGGCCAUCGGCAUCGACCUCGGAACCACCUACAGCUGCGUCGGCGUGUGGCAGAACGACCGUGUUGAGAUCAUUGCUAAUGAUCAAGGUAACAGAACCACCCCUUCCUACGUAGCUUUUACUGACACAGAGCGUUUGAUCGGCGAUGCGGCCAAGAACCAAGUCGCCAUGAACCCACAGAACACCGUCUUCGACGCGAAACGGCUCAUCGGACGGAGAUACUCCGACCCCUCUGUUCAGAGUGACAUGAAGCUCUGGCCUUUCAAGGUGAUUCCCGGCGCCGGUGACAAGCCUAUGAUUGUCGUUAACUACAAAGGCGAAGAGAAGCAUUUUGCUCCCGAAGAGAUCUCCUCCAUGGUUCUCACGAAGAUGAAAGAAGUGGCUGAAGCGUUUCUGGGUCUGAGCAUUAAGAACGCGGUCAUCACUGUACCUGCUUAUUUCAACGAUUCACAGAGGCAGGCGACGAAAGAUGCUGGAGCCAUUGCUGGGCUUAACGUGAUGAGAAUCAUCAACGAGCCCACUGCUGCUGCAAUUGCCUAUGGUUUGGACAAGAAAGCUUCUAGAACCGGCGAGAAGAACGUGCUUAUCUUCGACCUCGGAGGUGGUACUUUUGAUGUUUCGCUGUUGACAAUUGAAGAAGGGAUCUUUGAAGUGAAGGCUACUGCCGGUGAUACGCACUUGGGAGGUGAAGAUUUUGAUAACAGGCUUGUGAAUCACUUCGUGGCUGAGUUCAAGAGGAAGAACAAGAAGGACAUAAGUGGCAAUGCUAGAGCAUUGAGACGAUUGAGAACUGCUUGUGAGAGAGCAAAGAGGACUCUGUCUUCCACAACACAAACAACAAUAGAGAUUGAUUCUCUUUAUGAAGGCAUUGACUUCUAUGCGACCAUCACAAGGGCCAGAUUUGAAGAGCUGAACAUGGACUUGUUCAGAAAAUGCAUGGAACCAGUGGAGAAAUGUCUGAGAGACGCGAAAAUCGACAAGAGCCAAGUUCACGACGUGGUUCUUGUUGGUGGGUCGACAAGAAUACCCAAAGUUCAGCAACUUCUGCAAGAUUUCUUCAACGGCAAGGAACUCUGCAAGAGCAUAAACCCAGAUGAAGCUGUGGCUUAUGGUGCUGCUGUUCAAGCUGCAAUCUUAAGUGGUGAAGGGAACCAAAAAGUCCAAGACUUGCUUCUUCUGGAUGUCACACCUCUGAGCCUUGGUAUUGAAACUGCAGGUGGGGUUAUGACUGUGUUGAUUCCUAGAAACACCACCAUACCCACCAAGAAAGAACAAGUUUUCUCUACCUACUCAGAUAACCAGACCAGUGUCCUUAUCCAAGUCUAUGAAGGUGAAAGAGCUAGAACCAAGGAUAACAACUUACUGGGGACUUUUGAGCUCAAGGGCAUCCCACCAGCACCAAGAGGAGUGCCUCAGAUCAAUGUGUGCUUCGACAUCGAUGCCAAUGGUAUUCUGAACGUCUCUGCAGAAGAUAAGACAGCAGGAGUGAAGAACAAGAUCACAAUUACAAAUGACAAGGGAAGACUGAGUAAGGAGGAGAUAGAGAGGAUGGUGCAAGAGGCAGAGAAGUAUAAAUCAGAGGAUGAGCAGGUGAAGAAGAAGGUGGAAGCUAAGAAUUCAUUGGAGAAUUAUGCUUACAGUAUGAGGAACACGAUCAAGGACGAUAAGGUUGGAGGGAGGCUUGAUCCUUCGGAUAAACAGAAGAUUGAGAAGGCCAUUGAUGAGACAAUGGAGUGGCUUGAUAGGAACCAGUUGGCUGAGGUUGAUGAGUUGGAGGACAAGUUGAAGGAGCUCGAAGGAUUGUGCAACCCCAUCAUUGCCAAGAUGUACCAAGGUGGUGCUGCUGGCGGAGACACGCCUAUGGGUGGUGGUGCUGAGAUGCCCGGUGGUGGCGCCAGCAGCGGCUCUGCAGGCUCCGGCGCUGGGCCUAAGAUUGAAGAGGUUGACUAAGCCUGAGGAUUCAAAUUUUAAAAGGUUCCAUUUCACUGUUUCUUUUGGUGUGUGUUUGAGCAGAUCCCUCUACUGGGAAAGAUGGUGUGGCGUGAGAUGAUAUAGUUAUGUAAUUCAGAUAGUAUCAGCUGUAGUUUUUUUUCCCCCUUUAGAUAUAAAAUA